AACAUCUGGAUACUUCUUUACUUUCCAUGACUAUGGAAGAACAAACCCAGAAUAACAUGGAGUAGAUUUUUAGACUCAGAAUUUCCACCAUUGAAACACACAAAAAUGGCUGCAAUAUCAUUCUCUCUGCUUCGCCACCACGCAACGCUGCGUUUCAUUCCUUCUCCGACCACUUAUCUUCUUCUCCACCGCAAUUUCUCUCACCUCACCGCCACAAUUUUCUCUAGAAAGUUUCAAGACAAAGAAAAACACGACCAAUCGCAAGCACUCAGAGCCGCACGCGAGCGGGAGUACACACGUGAUAAGCACACCCACUCAUCCUCUACGCUCUUGAAACCUGGAUUUCUCUCGCCUAAUCAAGCAAUUGGCAUGGUAGCUUCAGCACAGGCGAAUUUCAUGCGCGUAAAUGUUAUUGUACCUCCAGAACAUUCUAUUGCUUUAAAAAAUGAAGGUUUGAAGAUUCCAGAAGGUUCUGAAAGCGGUAUUGGAGUUGAAUUACUCUGUGUAGUGAGAGCAGUGUUGAAGAAGAUUAAGCGAAGGGUUUUAGUAGGAGAUAAGGUUUUAGUUGGGUCAAUUGAUUGGGUGGAUCGCAGGGGUAUGAUAGAGGAUGUGUAUCCGCGAAAAUCUGAGAUUCUUGAACCUCCGAUUGCUAAUGCUGAUCAUUUUAUGGUUGUGUUUUCUAUGGAUCAGCCUAAGGUCGAGCCGUUUUUGUUGACUAGGUUUUUGGUUGAGGCGGAGUCUACUGGAUUUCCUGUCACUCUUGCGCUGAAUAAAUGUGAGCUCGUUAGUGAUGAGGUCCUUGUAGAGUGGAAAACAAGGCUUCGUCAUUGGGGAUACGCACCCAUAUUUUGUAGCGUCGAGUCAAAACAUGGACUUGAUUCCCUCGCAUUUUACUUGAGAGAUAGGACAUCUGUGAUUGUGGGUCCUAGUGGUGUUGGCAAAUCCAGUGUGAUCAAUGCCUUGAGGAGUGCUGGUCAGUCCCCCUCAGUUGCAGAAGAGAUAUCUGGCAGCAAAUGGUUAGAGGAGCAGCGAGUUGGAGAAGUGUCUACUAGAAGUGGAAGAGGGAAGCACACCACUCGAAACGUGUCUUUGCUGCCCUUGGCUGGAGGAGGACUUCUAGCUGAUACCCCAGGUUUUAACCAGCCUAGCCUACUGAAAGUGACAAAACACAACUUAGCACAGGCAUUCCCCGAGAUUCAGAAAAUGCUCCAAGAAAAUCCGAACGGUUGCGCAUUUAACAAUUGCUUGCACAUUGGCGAACCUGGGUGUGUUGUGACAGGGGACUGGGAGAGAUAUCCUUAUUACUUCCAACUGCUGGACGAAAUUAAGAUCAGGGAAGAAUUCCAGCUAAGGAUGAUGGGCACUAAGAAGGAGGAUGACGUCAGGAAGAAGGUGGGGGAUAUGGGUGUCACAGUAGCUGAGCCCAAACUCGAGCUAAAGAGGCACAGGAGACAAUCUCGCAAGAAAUUGAAUCAAUCUCUAUUAGAUGAGUUGGAUGAGUUGGACGAAGAUGAUGAGGACGACUUGGAGGAUAACCCAAUCAUUCGCGCUAUGGAACAAGAAAAUAAGUGACAACUGACGAUUUUGGGGAUGCAAUUUUGGAUAAGCUAGAUGAUUACGACAUGAUUUGGUUAAACCGUUAAAAGAUAGCAUGUAAUAGGUAGGGGAGCAAAAGAUAAAGAACUCCUCCUGUGUUUGUUUGUUCAUGUACAUAACACAGUCAGAAAAGAAAAAUGCCUGUAUAGAUGAAAGCUUGGUUGGACUGCGUUCUGUAUAGAUGAAAGCUUAGACUGACUGCGUUCUAAUACUGCUGAAACGUUUAAAGAAAACAAGUUCGGCAUCCUUACCCGGCACUAUCUGCCUUGCUUAUUUUGUUACACUUGCCAAAAUAACUUGCUAGUGUGUAGAUUGUAGAUCCUUGAAAGUUAAAAUUCCUUAAAGCACCAUUUGCUAGUUCCUACCAA